AUGUUUGAGGACGGCGCUGGCGACUUUGGCACGAUCCGCUUGCUCCACUACCCGGGCGACGACUUUGAGUGCUUCACGCUGAUGCACCAGAAUGCACCUGGGUUGCAGCUGAUGCCGCGGCAGCGCGGCGGCGGCGGGCAUGGCGGGUGGGUGGACGCGCCGGUCCGGCCGGGCGAGUUUGUCGUCACGGUCGGCGACAUGCUCGAGCGCCUCACGAAUGGCGUGCUGCUUGCGACGCCGCACCGGGUGCUACCAACGCACCACGCACGCGAUUCAAUCAUCCGCUUCAAUGCGUUCGCGCCGCACACGCUCGUGGCGCCGCUGCGACCCUUCGUGACGGCCGACCGGCCCGCGGCCUAUUCGCCGGUCGAGAUGCGUGAGCAUAUGGAGACCACAAUGCGGAACCUCGAGGCUGGGCUCGGCUCGUGGGACACGGAGCGGCAGCGCAGCCGCAGCGCGUCGUACGAGUACAACGGCGGCGAGCGGAGGGUGCUCGAGUGCGAGCCGAAUACGAUGUCGCAGUAG